ACUGCCGAAGUUGCUCGGUAAUACCGGUCCGGUCAACGAAACUUUUUCUCCACAACAAUGCUUCGCCUGGGUGCUUGUCGCGUACCGCUACGCUCCCCACGUCGACAUUUCUCAACAAAAACACUAAAGGUGGCCGUUGAAGGAUGCUGCCACGGCAGGCUCGACGACAUCUACAAGCGAAUUGCCAGCAUGGAGCGCAAGGGCAAGUACAAAGUGGAUCUCCUCCUCAUCUGCGGCGACUUUCAGGUCACACGGAACGUGCAAGAUCUCGAAUGCAUGGCCGUCCCGUCUAAACAUAAACGCCUGAAUGAUUUCCCAAAAUACUACACAGGCCAAAAGACUGCUCCCAUUCUGACAGUAUUUAUCGGCGGAAACCAUGAAGCGUCCAACUACCUCACAGAACUCCACUAUGGCGGGUGGGUCGCGCCUAACCAAUACUACCUCGGCCGAUCUGGAUGUGUCCAAGUUAACGGAGUGCGAAUCGCUGGCGCGUCGGGAAUAUACUCCGAGAAGCACUAUGAAAAUGGAUACUUUGAAAAAUUGCCGUACGACCAAUAUGCGCUCAAGUCAAUAUACCGGAUCCGCCAAUAUGAUAUUCGCAAGCUUUCGCUACUCACGAGUCCACAUAUAUUUCUCUCGCAUGAUUGGCCCCGGGGGAUAACUGAGCAUGGUGACCUCGCCACCUUGCUCAGAGACAAACCCGAAUUCGAAUCCGAGAUAGCCGACAAGACAUUUGGCGCGCCGCCGCUCAUGGAUCUGCUCAAGGAAAUGCAACCGGGGUGGUGGUUCGCGGCGCAUAUGCAUGCUUUCUUCAAAGCGACGGUCAAACACGAUAACUCCAUAACCAACUUCACCGCCCUGGAUAAAUGUCUCUCAGGGCGCAAGUGUAUAGAGGUCAUCGAUGUACCCGCAAUGAGCGGGACCACGAAACUCGCUUUUGAUCCCGAAUGGCUCGCCAUCACGCGGGCCUUCCAGCCAUUUUUCAACCAGGUCCAGACGAGAUUGCUGCUGCCCCCGCAAGAGCUAUCCAGCCGACUUGUGAGGAAGCAUCUUGAGUGGGUAUUAGAGCACGUUGGAGAGGACAGGCCUGUGGGCUCUGUGCAGCAGUUCCAGCCCACCGCUCCUGGCCCGACAGGAAGAGAAAGCAGGAGGCAGCCAUCAGCGUACUUCAAUCAGCAAACGGAGGCAUUCUGUGAUAUGCUACAUAUUCCGGACGUUAUUAAUCCUCGCACGUCAUUUUGGUCUUAGAAUAUAAUUCGUUCGUAGUUAUUGCUGGGUAUCGUUGACGGUGUUUCGCAAGAUGGAUUAUUCUGGAAUACACGAGUCCGUGGGUUCUCCCUUUGGGAAGGCGGACAUCAGGGUUGGCGUCUCGCCAGAAAGUAUUCAAACUAUUCCUCAACCGAGCCUGAACAUCCCUUACUUUCGGGACCCCUCCUCUCAUGAGGUA